AUGAAAUAGACUCUUCCUGUACUCGCACAUUUUGAAAAGAGUUCAGAUGAAAUUGCUAGUAAUCUAAGUGAUUAUAUAAAAUAGAAUAUUUUGCAUUAAAGUAUGGAAGCAAUUACCAUAUUAUAAAACAAUUGUAAAACUAAAGAAAAUAACUUGAAACUCCUAUGAUAGAGGCUAAAAGAACUUUAAGGACAAUUGAAUAAGAUUCUGAAGGAACUAAGAGAAGUAAUUCCAAAUAAUCAGAACGCAUUAAAGCUACUUCUACAUGUAAUUUCUCUAGGCCUGGUAGUUAAUUUGAUACAUUCAUUCAAAGUACACAACAUUUCGAUUUAAACUCUGGACUUCUUUUAUUUUAGAAUAUAAAGUAGAUUCUGGAUUGUCUCUAAAAUAAAGAGGACAUCCCAAAUUUUUAAUUAUAUUGGGAAUCCGUUUAUAUGUUUAAAUGGGAACAAUAUAUAUAUUGUUUUGUUAGACCUUUAACAUAGAAGAUAAUUUAAGAAUCUAUAUUUUUGAGUGAUAUUGUAAUUUCAUUCAUUUAAUGUCAAAUGAAAGAAAAUUUACUAAAUAACAAUUCUUAAGAAUAUCAAUAAGAAAUGAUAGUUAUAACAAAACUUAUAUUAGAAAAUUUUUGUUAUUUUUUAAAGAAGAUUUUAACUCAAACUAAAUAAUAGAAUGCUUUAGUUAUACAAAUUCAAAAUAAAAUUGAUUAAAUUCUGUGUAAAAAUAAUCCUUGUAUUAGUUUUAUUUAGGAAUUAAAAAAGAAUAAUAGUUUCAUAAAAAACAUAAUAGAAAAAAUACUAAAAAAUGAUAAUCCUAAUAUUUAACCUGUAAUUAUUACAUGUAGAUAUUAAUUAAGUUAAAUAAAAACAUUAGAUAUAUAGAAUAGUAGACCACAAUUAGUUAAUGCAAUAUAUUUAUCAACAAGUGUAGGUUAAUAGAUAGAAUAUUAAUCUCCUUUAAAAAGUUUAUUCAAGAUUCCUCAUUAAUAAUAAUAUGUGAUGCAUUUAAGAUAAUCAUAUAAUAAUUUGGAGUCAGUUUAAGCUCCAUUUAUUUAAAAACCUUUUGAGCACUCUUUAUGUAUAAUAUUGGAUUUGGAUGAAACAAUGGGUCAUUAUGUAUGAAAAUGUAAUAUUAACUUUUAGAAUGAUAAGACAGGAAAAUUCAUUGGUAGACCAGGACUAGUAGAGUUACUUUAAGGAAUAAAAGAAGAUUGCGAAAUAAUAGUAUUUACAGCAGGUUUGUAGAGUGUAUAAAUAUAAUAUAUACAAAGUAUGCAGAUUAAGCAAUAGGAGAAUUAUAAUGCGAUGAAUAUAUAGAUCAUAGAUUGUACAGACAUCACACAACAUUUAAUGGAAAUAAUUUUAUUAAAGUAAUGAUUAUAUUAAUUUAAUUAAGGAUAUAAGUAAAGUAGGAAGACCAUUAGAGAGAACUAUAAUUGUUGAUAAUACUCCAACUAAUUAUGAAUUAUAAUAAGAUAAUGGUCUUUUAGUUUCAACAUGGAUUGAUUAAGAAGAAGAUAAAGAAUUGUUUUAAUUGAAAGAUUUAAUUAUUAAAAUUGCAAAGGCUAAAACUAAAGAUGUGAGAAUAGCUUUGAAAAAAUAUAGAGAUUAUAUCAGUAGACAUAAGUGA